AUUGACGAACACUUAAGGGACUUCAGUCUUGUCAUUGGUGAUGGCGUGUUGCCUUUCCCACGACUCCCGCUCCCCUCCCCUCGAGUGGACAUUGGCAGUCAAAGUAGAGGCGUCACCUCGACCAACCUUGGUGCAGGGAAGUCUCGUGUGAAGCUGUACGUGGGUGGUUUGAGGUUGGACCACACGGAGGCUCAGUUGAGACAAUACUUUGCUCGCUACGGUGCCCUCACCGAGUGCUACGUUGCGCGCGACUUCAAGACUAAGGCGUCGAGGUGCUACGCUUUUGUAACCUUUCGAGAGGAGGCGCACGCCUCUCGCGCACUGGCUGACUGUCCACACUUUAUCGAAGGUGAUCCUGUGAGUGUGAGGCCCUUCAAUUUAAAGACGAAGGAGAAGAUGGUCAUCCCCUCUGCUGUGGACAAGGACGCGACGAAGGUGGAAAACGCAGGCGAGGGAGGAGCUGCUGCAGGUGGUAGACCAAAAGUGCAUGAAUUGUGUCUACGCGUUGCUAGGCUGGAAUUGUCAACCACGCAGCAGGACCUAAGCGACUACUUCUCUCAGUACGGCCCAAUCGCAAGCGUGAACCUAACACCGGGCGUUGGUGGUAAGGUGCCGGGGGGCACCGCUUUGGUGCACAUGAGGACACCACAAGGAGUGGAGGCUGUUCUCAGGGCUUGCCCUCACCAGCUGUGUGGAAAGGAGAUUUUUGUGACACCUGCGUUUUCGCGGACCUCGAGGAGGGUAUCGUCUCGCCGUGGCAAAGAAACGGGACAUCGGGUGGUUGUUCAUGAUCUCCCACUUCAGGCAAGUGCGGAGCGCAUUAAAUCAGUGUUUGAUCGAUUCGGUAAAGUCGAAUGUUUGACGGUGAAUAAAGCAGCGCGGAAGGCUUUCGUCCACUACGCCUCCAUGGAGGCGGUGAAGAGGGUGAUGGCGGCGACUCCUCUACGCCUCGAGGAUGUGGACCUUCGCGUCUCUUUGACAGAUGUGCUUGAUUGGACGUUGUGA